AUGAAGUCUGGGUAUAUUGCCUCUCCUGCCUUUUAUCUACCAGGUGUUUCUGUUUCUGUAAUAGAUGAUUCAACACGUGUUCAUCUUGGAAACAAUCAGGAUUAUAUCAAUGCUAGUCAUAUUAGAAUAGUCAAUUCUGAAGAAGAGUAUUUUUAUAUCGCUACCCAAGGACCACUGCCAGGCACCAUAGAAGACUUUUGGCAAAUGGUUUCGGAAAAUAAUUCUAAUGUUAUUGCCAUGAUUACCAGAGAGCUAGAAGGUGGAAUUAUCAAAUGCUACCAUUACUGGCCCAUUUCCCUGAAGAAGCCUUUGGAAUUGAGACACUUUCGUAUCUUCCUGGAGAACUACCAGAUAUUUCGAUAUUUCACUAUUCGAAUGUUUCAAGUUGUGGAGAAAUCUACAGGAGCUAGUCACUUUGUAAAACACUUGCAGUUCACCAAGUGGCCAGACCAUGGCACUCCUGCCUCAGCAGAUUAUUUCAUAAAAUAUGCUCGUUAUGUGAGGAAGAGCCACAUUACAGGACCUGUGGUUGUUCAUUGCAGUGCUGGUGUAGGCCGGACAGGGGUGUUCAUAUGUAUGGAUGUCGUGUUCUGUGCCAUUGAAAAGAACCAUUCAUUCAACAUCAGGGAUAUAGUGGCCCAAAUGAGAGAACAACGUUCUGGCAUGAUUCAAACAAAGGAGCAGUAUCACUUUUGUUAUGAAAUCGUGCUUGAAGUUCUUCGGAAACUUCUGACUUUGGAUUAAAAAAGACUUCUCUUGCCUCUUACUUGAAGUUACCCCAAGUGACUUUG